AUGGUACCUCCGAUACCACCUGGACGUAGUUUCACUGUCCGCAGUGUGGUGGCCGGCCUCGCGGUCGGCACCGUCAUCUGCGCGGCGAAUGUCUACUUUGGCCUCCAGACAGGAUGGGUGUCCAUCAUGUCCAUGCCGGCCAGUCUGAUGGGCUUCGCCAUCUUCAAGGUGCUCUCGAAACACUUGAGCUUUCCCUUCACACCGGUGGAGAAUGUGCUGCUGCAGAGUGUGGCGUGCGGCAUGGCCAUUAUGCCGCUUGGGUGUGGUCUCGUUGGUGUGAUUCCCGCGAUGACUGAUCUCUUGAAACCAGAGGAGAGGGGGCCCUUGAAUUUGAGCGUAUGGCAACUCAUCGUUUGGUCCUUGGGCCUCUGCUACUUUGGCGUUGUCUUCGCCGUGCCCUUGCGGAAGCAGGUCAUCAUCAAGGAGCGUCUGCGUUUUCCGAGUGGCUUCAGCACCGCGGUGCUCAUCUCGGUUCUGCACGACCAGGGUCACCAAUCUCAGAAGGAGUUGGAUGCCGCGGCCGAGGGCAAGUUUGCUGCCUUGGUGCCACGAGACGAGCCUCUCCUGGCGUCGGACCGACUGGAGGAAGAGUACGACGACGACCCUGGCGAAGAUCUGCAGGAUCCAAAGCACGACUGGGCCGGCAACAUGCGCCUGUUGCUCAUCUGCUUUGGUCUCUCGGGUUUAUACACCGUCUCUACCUACUUCCUCCCGGUCUUGCGGAACCUCCCCAUCUUCGGGACGGUGGCGGCUAACACGUGGCUGUGGACGCUCAACCCCAGUUUUGCGUAUAUUGGACAAGGCAUCAUCAUGGGUGCCGAGACGACCCUGCACAUGACGCUGGGCGCCAUCGUUGGCUGGGCGAUCCUCAGUCCACUGGCCAAGUCCAAAGGCUGGGCGCCAGGCGACGUGGGAGACUGGGAGACUGGCAGCAAGGGCUGGAUUGUGUGGGUGUCCUUGUCCAUCAUGCUUGUCGACGCCGUCGUGAGUUUGGCGUACAUUGCCCUCCAGCCUCUACUUGGGAAGCACGUAGCACGCCUCUCUAGCGAUGUCUACGGGAGGCUCAGAAGCAGCAGGGUCGGCAAGCUACUGCGACUCGACGCGUACGAGUACACACCGCUACGGAACAGGGAUGAUGAGCAUGCUUCCCAGCGAGACUCGGUUGACGAUGCUGAGCGCAGACAGACGCUCACGGAUGAUCUGGAUGCUGACGCACCGCCUGAGCAGCGCAUCGGGAAAAAGACCGUAUCUAUCGGCCUGCUCUUGUCCAUCGGCCUGUGCGUACUGACUAUUUACAUCGUUUUUGGCGAUCUUGUGCCUGUCUAUGCCACUGUCAUCGCCGUCUUGAUGGCCUUGGUAUUGAGCAUCAUGGGCGUCAGAGCCCUCGGCGAGACGGACCUGAACCCAGUGUCGGGCAUCAGCAAGCUCGCGCAGCUCUUCUUUGCUCUGAUCAUUCCGCAGGGGCACAAGUCAAGCGUGCUGAUCAACCUCGUGGCCGGUGCAGUGUCUGAAGCUGGCGCCCUUCAAGCGGGAGACUUAAUGCAGGAUCUCAAGACGGGCCAUCUGCUUGGUGCAGCCCCGAAAGCGCAAUUCUGGGGUCAGGUCAUCGGCGCCACCGCAGGCGCAAUCUUCAGCUCGUUCAUCUACAGACUCUACACUACCGUGUAUGAGAUCCCCGGCGAGCUCUUCCAAGUCCCCACUGCCUACGUGUGGAUCUUCACUGCCCGGCUUGUCACGGGCAAGGGCCUCCCGUACAUGGCCACCGAGUGGGCGAUGGGGGCUGGAGUUCUCUUCGUGUUCUUCACCCUCAUCAGGACAUUUUCAGUUGGCAAGGCAUGGCGGUCCUGGGUCCCUGGAGGCAUUGCCGUGGCUGUUGGCAUGUACAAUGUCCCAUCUUUCACACUGGCUCGAGCCAUUGGCGGCAUUGGGGGCUGGAUAUGGGUGCACAAGAUGAAGAGGUCAAACACCCCCAUGAUCAUCCUUGCUUCGGGCUUCAUCUUGGGCGAGGGGUUCCUCAGCAUUGUCAACCUUGUCUUGCAAGGGUUCCAAGUUCCGCACUUUUAG